AUGGUGGAGGGAGAAGUAAAGCAAGAUUUCAAGAUGAAAAGUCCAUCAGACUCAGCUGUGAUGUUACCUAGCACUCCACAGGCUGGUGCCAAUCCGCCAUCUCCCCGUAAAAGUAGUUGGAGAAAACAACCUAUGAGUGCAACCCUUAGAGAACGAUUAAGGAAAACUAGAUCUUCAUUUAAUUCCUGCUACAGUGUGGUAAAACGACUUAAAGUAGAGAGUGAAGAAAAUGAUCAGACCUUUUCAGAUAAACCAGCACCUUCAACAGAAGAGAACUGUUUGGAAUUUCAAGAAAACUUUAAACACAUAGACAGUGAAUUUGAAGAAAGUACAUAUUUGAAAAAUACUUUCAAGAAUAUCAAUGAAUGUGAAUCUAAAUCACUUGAUACUGAGUCAUGUCGUGAUCUCCAAAAUGACUUUAUGAAUGAGACUCUUCCCAACCAUGGAUUAAACAAAGAAAAAGUAAAAUUGGUGAAGCAGAUUCAGGAGAAAGAAGACCUUCUUAGGAGACUAAAACUAGUCAAAAUGUAUAGAUCAAAGGUCAAUGGGUAA